AUGGGGGUAAAAUUUCAAGGACUCUUCAAAGUGAGAGUAUAUGCUAAUUCGAGAGAAGCAGGGGAUUCAAGGGGAUACACACUGGCUCGGCAAACGAAAUGGGCGUGUCAAAAAACCAACAGCAAGAACAGGAAAGAGUGGAGUAUUUAUAUCAUCCCCAGAAAUGCGAUGUGCCGCGUGCAUGUGCGAAAGUCCCCACUUUGCCCGGGUCUCCGGGGAAAUUGCCCUUUGUCCGACAAAACCCGGGAAAAAGCCGUUUUUGGUUGGCUUAGCUCUGGCCCAUGUGCUUCUGGGGCCCGGAACGCUCUGGAAAUUCUGCUCACGCCUUCCGGGUCUUUCCUUGGUGAGAUUUUUUCGCCAUGGCUUUUGCUCGGACUUUUCAAAAGUCCGACAAGGCGGGGAGAGACACCCGUACACCACUAUACCCCAGGAUUCCCACCUACCAAAGAUUUCUUUGGGUAUGUGGCUCUGCCCCGCCUCCGGACUUUGGACUCGUCACGUGGGUGCCGUCAAGGAGCCAUCUGCUUCGGAUCCACCCGUUGCCGAUGUAGUUUGGUUUGA